UAUUGUCUUCCCAAUUUUCUUUUCUUUUAGUUAUUUUCUCUGUUCUGAAUUCGGAAUUCGACCCAAGGGGAAGAGAGAUCGAACUGCAGGAGAAGCGCGAGCAUGUCGAAAUCGGGCGCGGACGAUGAGGAGCUGAAGCGAGCUUGCGAGGCGGCCAUCGAGGUCGGCGCGUGCAAGCAGAAGGUUGUCUUGUCCAUCCGUGUCGCCAAGAGCCGUGGUAUCUGGGGCAAAUCCGGCCGUCUAGGUCGCCACAUGGCCAAACCUAGGGUCCUCGCUAUCACCACAAAAUAUUCUCCAAAGGGUCGGACUAAAGCUCUUCUCCGUGUUCUGAAAUAUUCAUCUGGAGGAGUUCUUGAGCCUGCAAAAAUGUACAAGAUAAAGCAUCUUUCAAAAGUGGAGGUUAUUCAGAAUGAUCCCAGUGGCUGUACUUUUAUGCUGGGAUUUGAUAACCUCAGAAGCCAGAGUGUUUCGCCACCUCAGUGGACCAUGCGUAACAUCAAUGAUAGGAAUCGCAUUCUUCUUUGCAUUUUAAACAUGUGCAAAGAGAUCUUGGGCCGUCUUCCCAAAGUCAUUGGCAUAGAUAUUGUUGAGAUGGCUCUUUGGGCAAAGGAAAAUACGAACACUGUCACUAGUCAAGUGAUUGCUCGAAAUGGGCCUGAUCUGUCCAUCAUGACACCAAAUGACUUGAAAGUGACUGUUGAAAGGGACCUUGUUUCACAAGCUGAAGAGGAGGACAUGGAAGCUCUUCUUGGCACGUAUGUCAUGGGCAUUGGUGAAGCAGAGGCAUUUUCUGAAAGGUUGAAGAGAGAACUUCAGGCUUUGGAAGCAGCAAAUGUGCAUGCCAUUAUGGAAAGUGAGCCUUUGAUAGACGAGGUAAUGCAAGGACUAGAAUCAGCAACAGUUUGUGUGGAUGAUAUGGACGAGUGGCUAGGUAUAUUCAAUGUAAAGCUCAGACACAUGAGGGAGGACAUCGAAUCGAUAGAAUCCCGUAAUAAUAAGCUGGAGAUGCAGUCUGUAAAUAAUAAAUCACUCGUGGAAGAGCUUGAAAAGCUUCUCGAACGUUUGCGGGUCCCUUCUGAGUUUGCAGCAUCUUUAACCGGAGGCUCAUUUGACGAGGCACGCAUGCUAAAUAAUGUUGAAGCUUGUGAAUGGUUAACUGGUGCUUUGCGUGCUCUAGAAGUGCCAAAUCUGGAUCCUUGCUAUGCAAACAUGAGAGCUGUUAAGGAGAAGCGUGCUGAACUUGAAAAACUAAAAUCUACAUUUGUUCGGCGAGCAUCAGAAUUCUUGAGAAGUUACUUUGCUAGUCUGGUGGAUUUCAUGAUAAGUGACAAGAGCUACUUUUCUCAGCGAGGGCAGUUGAAGAGGCCUGAUCAUGCUGAUCUUCGGUACAAGUGCAGGACGUAUGCACGCCUUCUACAGCAUUUGAAGAGUCUUGAUAAGAAUUGCAUGGGCCCUUUGAGGAAAGCUUAUUGUCAUUCCCUUAAUUUGUUGCUUCGUCGAGAGGCUCGUGAGUUUGCGAAUGAACUUCGUGCAAGUACCAAAGCAUCAAGAAAUCCAACAGUCUGGCUUGAAGCUUCUGCAGGUUCUAAUCAGGCUGCGAACAGUGCAGACACUUCUACAGUUUCUGAAGCAUACUCGAAGAUGCUUACAAUAUUCAUUCCUCUUCUUGUGGAUGAGAGUUCAUUUUUUGCACACUUCAUGUGCUUUGAAGUUCCUGCACUUGUUCCACCCGCUAAUUCUAGCAAAAGCGGUGCCACUGCUGAUGAUGCUAAUGACGAUGAGUUGAGCCUUAUGGACCUUGAUGGAAAUGACAUAAAGCCUAGCACUAAUUCUGCUGAGCUAGGAGCAUUAAAUGAAUCUCUACAAGAGUUGCUCGAUGGGAUCCAAGAAGAUUUCUAUGCAGUGGUGGAUUGGGCAUACAAGAUUGAUCCUUUGCGCUGCAUAUCUAUGAGUGGGAUAACAGAACGCUAUCUUUCCGGUCAGAAAGCUGAUGCAGCGGGAUUUGUGCGCCUCUUGCUUGAUGACUUGGAAUCAAGGAUUUCUAUGCAAUUCAGCAGGUUUGUUGAUGAAGCAUGUCAUCAAAUUGAGAGGAAUGAACGCAAUGUUCGGCAAACGGGUGUCCUGUCUUACAUACCGAGAUUCGCAACACUUGCGACUCGUAUGGAGCAGUACAUCCAGGGACAGUCUAGGGAUUUAGUGGACCAGGCAUACACGAAAUUUGUUAGCAUAAUGUUUGUGACUUUGGAGAAAAUUGCGCAAGCCGACCUGAAAUAUGUUGACAUUGUGCUUUUAGAGAACUAUGCAGCAUUCCAGAACAGUCUGUAUGACCUAGCGAAUGUUGUGCCGACGCUUGCCAAAUUCUACCAUCAGGCAAGUGAAUCUUAUGAGCAGGCUUGCACACGCCAUAUCAAUAUGAUCAUAUACUAUCAAUUUGAAAAACUAUUUCAGUUUGCUCGAAAAGUCGAGGAUUUGAUGUACACUAUUUCACCGGAGGAGAUUCCUUUCCAGCUUGGUCUGUCAAAAAUGGAACUUCGGAAGGUGUUGAAAUCGAGCUUAUCUGGGCUUGAUAAGUCCAUCAGCAACAUGUAUAGGAGGUUGCAAAAGAAUUUAACUUCAGAGGAGUUGCUUCCCUCCUUAUGGGAGAAGUGCAAGAAAGAAUUUCUCGAGAAGUAUGAAAGCUUUGUGCAAUUGAUGACCAAGAUCUAUCCUAGUGAGACCAUCACAUCGGUAGCCGAACUAAAGGAGCUUCUUGGUUCAAUGUAGAGAUGAGAGUUUUUCAGAUGUGUACAGAGCCCAAACCACUUCCAUUUGUUGGAUGUAUUCUAUCUUCUCCAAUUUUCCCUUCUGCCUCUCUGUAAUUCUAUUUAUUCUUAUGUUGGCUGUAGACCAUAUGCUUGAAAUGCCAGUUCAGCUCCAUUUGGAUGGUGAUAUUUGUAUCAAUCCCUGGCACAAUGUUUUGUUGUGGAACUCGAGACAGAAUCCGAUUGUAUUUCUUGAAGAUGUCAAUUCAUUUUUAUUUUUAUUUUUUAAAUUUUGUAGUUUGUAUUGGUGCAUUUGGAUGCAUUACUGAAUUUGAAUUGCAAUUAUUUAGCCUAAUAAACUAGAACCCAAAUUGUGAUC